AUGUGGUCCCACAAGCGCGCCUCUCCCUCCGCGGGCGGCAGCUCUUCCGAGGCGGAGGCUACACCGUCGCCGGUCUCUACGAGGCAGAAGAACCCCGGCCGCCGCUUCGCCCAGAUCGUGAAGCUCAAGCCCGAGUUCAUUGACAAGUACAAGGAGGUCCACGCCGCCGUCUGGCCCGAGGUGCUCAAGCAGAUCAAGGAGUGCAACAUUGUCGACUACAGCAUCUUCCACGACCCCGAGUCCCGCAUCCUGUUCGCGUCGUUCAAGUACGUCGGCUACGACUACGCCGGAGACAUGGAGAAGAUGCGCGAGAACCCCAAGGUCCGCGAGUGGUGGGCCAUGACCGACGGCUGGCAGGAGUCGGUUGUCCCCGGUGCCGUGAGCAGCGAGGAUGUCGACGCGCCUUCAUGGUGGAAGCCUGUUGAGGAGGUGUUCUACACGCCUUGA